CUGGAGAGGCAGAGCGCAGCCGCUCAGUCCCGGUCAGUGCAAGAACAUCGCUGCAUGAAUGACAGCGCACUUGUACGACGCAGGGAAACACUUCGCCACUUUAUUUGAGCCGUGCGAGCGCUUCGUCCGUUAGAGCCGGAUUUAUAACACCUCACCUCACUUCACAGAUAGAUUCCGCAGCCUACAGCCGCCUGAGCAAGAGAUGACAGCGUGAUGUUACAGCCUCCAUCUUCGCUGUAAGAAAACCAUGAAGAGAUGACCGGCUUGUAGAGCUGACAGGCAAGUGUCUCCGCUAACAGCAGAAGAGCUGACGGUAAAUGAGAGGCCGUCAUCAUGCCCCCGGGGAAGUAUGGGAUGCAGGAGGAAUGGCAGAAGGAGGGGGACCAGGGGAUCGUGAUGGACUUCCUGCUGCCUACUGGGAUCUUCCUCAAAUUCCCUGUGUCUCGAAACGACACCAUCAAAAGCAUCAAAAAAAUGGUUUGGAAAAAUGCCAGAAGUGAGGCCCUGUUCAGUGCAUUGGGUGAUCCUGACGCAUACGUCUUCACCUGCAUCAACCAGACAGCAGAGCGGGAGGAACUGGAGGAGGAAUCGAGGCGUAUAAGCGAUGUGCGGCCCUUCAUGUGUGUUCUGAGGCUGGUGGCGAGGGAAGGCGACCGAGUGGAGAAACUCACCAACACCCAAAUCAGCCUGUUAAUUGGCAAAGGCCUGCAUGAAUUUGAGGCCCAGAAGAACCAUGAGGUGAAUGAGUUUCGGUCUAAGAUGCGUACGUUUUGCGAAGAGAAGGCUCAGGAGCGGCAGAUGUUGCCAUGGCAGCAGUGGAUGGAAUACAGCUUCCCAUGUGACCUGGAGCCAUGCUGCUCUCCGCCAGAGUGUGGGAGCGUAAAGUCAAAAAACACCAAGAAGAUUUUCAUCAACGUCAAGUUUGAGGCUUGCGAUGAAAGCUUCAUGCUGCAGCAGGACCCCCAGGACCUCCCAUUGGCUCUGAUGAGGAGCGCCCUGAAGAAGAAGGCCACCGUCUUUCGCUCAGUGCGACAGGAGCCCGAGGACUACACUUUACAGGUCAACGGGAGGUGGGAGUUCAUCUAUGGGAAACACCCCAUAUGUCAGUUCAAAUACAUUUUCUUGUGUUUGAGAAAUGGCCAAAACCCUCAUCUAACCAUGGUGCACCACUCCACCAUCAGCAAAUAUCAGGAGGAGCACGGCAGAAUGUGCAGCCAGGCAUACAAGAGUCGCUCCUUGUCCAGACCUCCUCCACUGCCCCUGAAGAAGCAGAAUACCUCCUCUCUGUGGUCCAUCAAUGAGCCUUUCUACAUUCACCUGUUGCAGGGCAGCCGAGUGAAUGCAGACGAAGGAAUGAAGCUUGUGGUGCAGGCUGGUCUGUUCCAUGGCAGCGAACUACUCUGUAAGGUGGUGACGAGCUCGGAGGUGACAGUGUGCUCUGAGCCGCUGUGGGAUCAAAAGCUGGAGUUUGACAUAAACGUGGCUGACCUGCCUCGCAUGAGCCGCCUGUGCUUUGCGCUCUAUGCUGUCAUUGAGAAAGCCAAGAAACCCCGUGGCACCAAAAAGAAGAAUAAGAAAGCGGAUUGUCCGAUAGCCUGGGUGAACACCAUGGUGUUCGACUACAAGGACCAGCUGAAGACCGGGGAGUUCCUCUUGUCCACAUGGCCAUCUGUUCCUGAUGACAAAGGCGAUCUGUUGAACCCGAUGGGAACAGUCGAGAAGAACCCAAACGUGGACAGUGCUGCUGGGCUUCUCAUUCGCUUCCACAACAUCCGGCCACAUCCUCUCUAUUACCCUCCACUUGACAAGAUAAGUGACAUGGAGAAGAAUGGUGACGCAGCUAUUGCCACUAAAGAAGAGUACAUGAAACUAAAAGAAAUCAUGGACAACAAAAACUACACCGAGUUUUUCGAGGACGAGAAGGAGCUCCUGUGGAAGCUUCGUGCAGAAGUCCGCGACCGUUAUCCUGAAAGUCUGUCCAAGCUGCUCCUUAUCACCAAGUGGAAUAAGCGUGAGGACGUAGUUCAGAUGGUGAGUUUACUGAGGAACUGGCGGGACCUUCCAGCCAUCCAUGCCUUGGAGCUCUUAGACUACAGUUUUCCCGACCCAGUGGUCCGUUCUUUCACUAUCAGAUGCCUCAGGAAGCUCAGUGAUGAUGAACUGCUGCAGUACUUAAUCCAGCUGGUCCAGGUCCUGAAGUACGAGUCCUAUCUAGACUGUGACCUCACCACUUUCCUGCUAGAAAGGGCUUUGUCCAACAGGAGGAUAGGACACUUUCUGUUUUGGCAUCUCAGGUCAGAGAUUCACGUGGCAUCUGUGAGUUUGCGUUUUGGCCUGAUUCUGGAGGCCUACUGCAGGGGAAACAUCCACCACAUCAAGUUCUUAGCAAAACAGAACGAGGCUUUGGGCAAAAUGAAGGCCCUGAGUGACUUUGUCAAGUCGGGCUCCCAGAAGAUGACAGCAGAUGACCUGAAGCUGUGUAUCAGACAGGAGUCCUACCUGGAGGCCCUGUCAGACCUGCUGUCACCACUCAACCCCAGCAUCAUCCUCGCUGAGAUCUGUGCAGAUAAGUGCAGGUUUAUGGACUCCAAGAUGAAGCCACUCUGGCUGAUGUAUAAGAACCCCUUGGCUCAAGGAGACAUGGUGGGCAUCAUCUUCAAGAAUGGAGAUGAUCUUCGACAAGACAUGUUGACCCUCCAGAUGAUCCGGCUCAUGGAGAAUUUAUGGAAGAAAGAAGGCCUGGAUCUCAGGAUGAUCCCAUAUGGCUGCUUGUCCACUGGGAACAAGAUGGGGCUCAUCGAGGUAGUGAAGAACUCAGACACCAUUGCCAAUAUCCAACGUAACAGCAGUAACAGUGCCGCCACGGCUGCCUUCAACAAAGAUGCCCUGCUCAACUGGCUCAAAUCUAAGAAUCCUGAGGACAAACUUGAUCAAGCAAUAGAAGAGUUCACGCUGUCCUGUGCUGGCUACUGUGUAGCUACUUACGUCUUGGGCAUUGGAGAUCGUCACAACGACAAUAUCAUGAUCAGGGAAACUGGACAGCUGUUCCACAUUGACUUUGGGCAUUUCCUGGGCAACUUCAAGCGGAAACUAGGCAUCAACAGGGAGCGUGUGCCUUUUAUCUUGACUUAUGACUUUGUCCAUGUGAUCCAACAAGGAAGGACGAACAACAGCGAGAAGUUUGAGAGGUUCAGGGAGUACUGUGAGCGGGCCUACAAGAUUCUGUGUCGGAACGGGACGCUGUUCGUCAACCUCUUUGCUAUGAUGAAGGCAGCAGGACUGCCAGAGCUCACCUCCUUCAAAGACAUCCAGUAUCUAAAGGACUCUUUAGCUUUGGGCAAAUCAGAGGAAGAGGCACUGAAGAAUUUCAAAGUGAAGUUCAACGAAGCUCUGCGGGAGAGCUGGAAGACGAAGGUCAACUGGAUGAUGCACUCCUUGGCCAAAGAUAAUAGACCGUGAAGAACACUGCACCAAGGUAACCUGAAGAUGACCAAAAAUUAUGGAUUUUAACUUAUGGAGAUAAAAGGGAAGAAAACACAAUCAAAUAUUUUACUUUAUUAAUGGCAUUCAAAGACCCUCAGCAAAUGUUUACAUCCGACUGGCCUGUUUGUGGUAAAUAACGACUAAGCGGAGGUAUCCAAAGACAAUGAUAUAAUCAUGGAGCAUAUUUUCACAAUGAAGGAAAUCCAUCACACUCAUUUUUCUCCCAUCUAACGGAAUGGAAUGCCUUUGCCUUGGGAACAUAUCAACAAAAAUUAUAAACACGCUUUUUUGAUGUGUUAAAAUCGCUACUUGAAAACCACCUGCUCGUGCAAAAGUGUUGUGAAUCACUGAAACAGAAGCAGAGACUGAAAGUUAAUCUCACCGACUGCAUUACUCAGCAGGGAGCAAACUGCAAACAAACUUUAUGAUGACUUUAGAUGACACCGCUCAGUCACGGAGUACAAUAACAAGGCGGCAGUUUCACCUCAAGUCUUUUGUACGGUUUACGACCCUUGAUGUCAUUUCCUCUCAUCUCAACUGCCUCUCUGCAAUUGUGUCUUGUUUUUUUAUUUCAUUGUAUUUUAUUUAAUUUGGUAACUCUGAAAUACUUGUACAAAGUCAUGAAGGAUAUUUUAAAAAGAUGUCGUGUUUUACUGAUAUAUCACUUAUUCAUGUGUAAUGUUGCCUUGAAGUACAGUAUAUUGCCUUUGGAGUGCCAGUAGACAGAAAGCAUUGUAACAUUUACACUUUAUUGUAAGAUGAGAAAAUAACUUUAAAUGGGACCUUUAUUUUGAUAACAUCCCUAUGUACCAGGCUGUCUCACCCAGCAGAUUCUUACCAAAAAGCUACUACGCAUUAAAAGAAUAGUUUGACAUUUUGGUGAAUUCACUUAUUUGCUUUCUUGCUGAAAGUUAGAUGAGAAAGACAAUACCACUCUCAUGUCCAUACGUUAAACGUGAAGCUGGAGCCAGCAGCCUUUAGCUUAGCUUACCACAAAGACUGGAAACAGGGGGGGAAACAGCUAGCCUGGCACUGUCGGAACAUAACUAAACCUUCCUUCCAGUGACUUUAAAGUUCACUAAUUAACACAUUAGUAGAAAAACUGAAGUGUAUAUAGGACAAGUUGCAGUACCACCCACAGAAUGGCAGUUUCCCUCUAUUUACAGCCUUAAUAUCUAACGGACAGCUACAAGAGUGGUAUCGCUUUUCUCGGCUAACUCUCAUCAAGAAAGUCAAUAGGUGUAUUUCCCAAAAUGUCAAAGAUAUCAUAUAGACAUUUGGUCAAAUGUUUAGACAAAAUAUGGAAUAGAUGAGGCAUUACAACCCAAAUAAGAAUCUGUGGACUUGUAUAAACCAUAGAGGUUGCGUUUCUCAAAAUGUGGUACUGUACACAUGGCCCUUUUGAAAGUGGAAAUCUGGACUAUGUGUACUGUCUCAGAUGAUGCAGUAUGUAUGUCUGUGUGUGUGUAUGUGUGUGUGCCUGUGUUAUUUUGUGAUAUUUAAGUUAUGCACUGUGAUUUCCAUUGCAUUUUUGAACUGAUGUGCCAGGUGCCAUGCAAGAGAUUUCAUGCUUGUAGUGUCAAACACCUCUAUGUCAUAUCUAAUGUUGUGCAAAAUGGUGUGUGUCUGUUUAAGGGAUCCUGUGUGCUGUAUGAUUAAAUUUGAUGGUGCAUUCAGAUUACUUUACAUGCUGUAUAUCUUGCUGUCAGUCCUGCAAGGAAGAUGAUGUGCUUUUCAUAGCGGUUUAAACAAUCUCUACCAUUUGUAUGAGUCUCUGUACUAUGAUAACGUUUACAGAAGAGCAAGUGUAGCUGUAGAUUACACAGCAAGAAGAUUUAAAAGCUACUGAAAUAUUCACUGUAGAAUAGACUUUAAAUAUGGGUCAUCAAUGUCCCUCAGUAUAGGCUCAGCUAAACAGUGCUGCCUUAAGCCAGAAGGGGUGAGCCUAUUGAGUGUAUGCGCUACAUUUGCAAAUUGUACUGCUGUUGCCUUUAGAAUUGAUUGUAAAGAAUUCUGUCAAAUGGUACAAAUCUUUUAAGGCUCAUGUCUUAUUUUCAUGUGUGCAGCUAAAACAGAUAAAUCAUCCUGUCAACAUACAGUAGGUCUGAUGUAGACCUGUCCUUUAUCUGCAUCCUGUUUUUACAUUUGCUUCACUUGCUAUUGGGAGGGAAACAUACACUCAAUAAACAGUUUGCAACAGGA